CAACAAAUGAGACGAAGAAGAAGAAACUCCGAGAUCCCCGCGCAGAAUCAUCAGAGAUCGUCUAUAUUAAAUACGAGGGUUUACUGUUUGGUUAAUAACGUGUGACUGAGGUAUUCUUAGUUAACAACCAACUAAAUCAAACACAGAAACAUAUUCUCUGUAUUUUUUUUAAUUAAAUAUAUUAAAGGUAGUGUAAGGGAAGUUCAGCUCUCAUCGGUAAGGUUGGUUCGAACGAUGACAUCAAGAGUUUUUUACUUUGAUAUUUGGAACCGAGUGAGAUGUCUGUUCAUAAUCUGAUCUUUGACGGCAGUAUGGCGCCGUGUUUCUCUGUUAGGAUGUAAAUCUCUGUUUUAAAGUCAGUUUUCUCUGUCUAAAGGUGUUUUUUUUUUCAGGUGUGUGUUUGCAGCUUUUACCUUCUCUGACUCCAGGUGUUCGUGUGUUUUUAAAACAGCCCUUUCUCUCUCAGGUAUAUGUGUGUAUUCACAGCUCUCUGACCCUCUGUCUGUCUCCUCAGGUGUGUUUGUGUUUACUCUUCUUACCUGUCCUCAGAGACCUCCUGGACCCGGGACCAUGGCGGGAGUGAUCCGGAGGCUCGAUGAGACCGUGGUGAACCGCAUCGCUGCGGGAGAGGUGAUCCAGAGACCCGCAAACUGCGUCAAAGAGCUGCUGGAGAACUGGUGAGUACACAAACAACUAACAACUACUGCAAAACUACUACAUAUCCACUACUAACCACUACAAAAUUAACUUCUAAUGUACCACCUACCACAAAUCCACUACUAACUACUACAAAUCUACUAACUAGGAUUAACUGGGCCAUAGAGACGCUGUUGAACAAGUAAACACAAAGAAAUACUACAACUAACUUUCAGGGAACCAGUAAACACAAUACAACCACUGACUACAACUACAUACUUUAAAAAAACGACAGAAAACUACAGUAUAGAAAUAUAACUUAACUAUUAACAAUCCACUAACUAGAGAACCAACUUCCACUAACUAGUUAAAAUAAAUUAUAAAGAAGGUACAAUACUCACUGAACUUCAGGCAGCUCUUUUAUUUCCUGUCUUACAUUAUUGGACAAACUGAUUAAUCCAGGUGUGACUGAUUACUGUGACCAGUCAGUCACACCUGGAUUAAUCAGUUUGUCGAAAAAUGUAAGACAGGAAAGAGAGAGAGAGAGAGAGAGAGAGGAGAAUAUAGAGAAGAAGAGCUGCUGAAAAUAACCUGAACAGCUGCUCCUGAGUUUUUAUCUGCAAACAUGAUGAUACUGACACUAUUUAUUCACUAUUAUUACUAUUAUUAGUAUUAUUACCCUUAUUGUUGUUAUUGUUUUUAUGUUAGAACGCUUUGGCAACAUUGUAGUAACAGUCAUCCCAUUAAAACUCAUUGAAACUGAAGUUCAGUUAACACAGUCCUGAGUGUAUAACCCGCUCUAAAGCUAAAUUAUCUGUUCGGUGUCUUAAAUCUGUCUGUAAUGUUCCAGUUUAGAUGCUAAAUCCACAAACAUCCAGGUGACGGUGAAAGAAGGUGGACUGAAGCUGCUGCAGAUCCAGGACAACGGCACCGGGAUCAGGGUGGGUCCUGCUCAGUGGUUUAGUUCCUACUGAGCGUGUGCAGACAGUUCUGAACCCCGUCUUUCUGAUUGGUCCAUUUACUAACCCCUCUCACCGAUCUGUCUGACCCAGAGGGAGGAUAUGGAGAUCGUCUGUGAGAGAUUUACGACCAGCAAACUGCAGACGUUUGACGACCUGUCUCAGAUUUCUACUUACGGAUUCAGAGGAGAGGUGAGCUGACGGAUCCUUCCUCGGGUUAAUAAUCAAAGGUCACAGGUCAUCACACUUCCUGUUUCCUUCUUUUCAGGCUCUCGCAAGUAUCAGCCAUGUAGCCCAUGUGACCAUAACGACAAAAACAGCUGAUGCCAAGUGCGCCUACAGGUGAGUUCCAGCUGAUUUUCUGAACAUCACGAUGAGAAGAAGAAGAAAAACGACUGAAAGAUAAAAAAAUGAAAAUACAAGAAACUAUAGAUGAUUUUAAAAUAAUCAAUAUAAAAGUUUAUCAGUAGUCAUUAUUAUAAUCAGUAUCCUUCCCCCUGACAUGACAGUUAUUAAAAGAAUUAUAAUUAUUAGGUCAAUAUUCGGUUAUUUGAUGAGUGAUCGUUGAAUUGUGUUUUUUUACUAUUUUGUGUUGUAUAUAGUGUACAUCCUUGUAUAUUAUCUCUUUAUUUGUACUUAUUGUACUAUUUUAUCUCUUUUUUUUAACUUAUUUUAUCAAUUAUUUAUCUCCUCUUUCUGCUUUAUUUGCACCAGAGUUUCUCUAACAAACAGAAAUCAGAGAUUAUUAAAGUAUUUCUGAUUCUGAUUCAGAGCGAGUUACAGUGACGGAAAACUGAAGGGAGCUCCGAAACCGUGUGCAGGAAACCAGGGAACACAGAUACAUGUGAGUCUGACACACUGAUACACACUCAGGUCACACACACACACACACACACACACACACACACACACACACACACACACACACACACACACACACACACACACACGACGUAGUUUGAACCAGCGCUCUGUAACCUCACAUGUCUCUCUCAGGUGGAGGAUCUGUUCUUCAACGUGUCCACGAGGAGGAAGGCGUUAAAAAGCGCCAGUGAUGAAUAUUCCAGGAUCGUGGAGGUGGUCAGCAGGUCGGCCAUCUUGAUUUUACAUGUUUUCUAUUUCUUAAUAGUUUCCUUUUUUUGUGAUGUUUCGCUUGUUUCGUUAAAGGUACGCCAUACACAACUCAGGGAAGAGUUUCUCCGUCAAAAAGGCGAGCCGUGGUUUAUAAUUUUAUUGUUUAUUUAUCGUCCUGUUUGUGAGAUUUUUAAAAGGAAAGCUUCUUUUUUUUCAGCAAGGAGAGACGGCGGCAGACGUGAGGACGCUGCCCAACGCCACCAUCAUCGACAACAUCCGAACCAUCUUUGGAAACGCUGUCAGCAGGUGAACAAACAGAGUAAAGGAAACGCCACAGUCUGAGUACACAGAGAACAAAUAUAGAUGUAAUUAUCUCUGUGGGGUAAAUAUUAAAUAAAGGAAAUAAUCUGAAGAUUAAUAAUCAAAAAAAUAAGUUAUUAAACGAUCGGUGUGUUUGUUCUCAGGGAGCUGAUCGAGGUCGGCUGUGAGGAUCAAAAACUGAAUUUUAGUCUGAAAGGAUUCGUCUCCAACGCAAACUACUCCAUGAAGAAAUGUAUCCUCAUCCUCUUCAUCAACCGUCAGUACCCUACAUAAUCUGAGUUAAUCUAAUUUACAUUAUAAUAAAUCAGGAUACACUAUGAUUUAAUCUGAUAACAUUCUUAUUUAAUCUGAUUACAUUCUUACGUAAUCCCAUUAUAUUCUAAAUUAAUCUGGUUACAUUCUGAAUAAUCUGGUUACGUUCUUAUUAAAUCUGAUAACAUUCUUAUUUAAUCCGGUUUUAUUUUGAUUUAAUCCAGUUACAUUCUCAUUUAAUUUGGUUACAUUUUGAUUUAAUCUGAUUAAAUUCUUAUUUAAUCUGAUUACACUCUAAUGUAGACUGGUUAUAUUCUGAUUCAGUCCAGUUACAUUUUGAUUAAAUCUGAUUACAUUCUGAUUUAAUCUGGUUACAUUUUUAUUUAAUCUGAUUACAUUCUGAUUUAAUCUGAUUACAUUCUUACAUAAUCCCAUUGUAUUCUAAAUUAAUCUGGUUACAUUCUGAAUAAUCUGAUAACAUUCUUAUUUAAUCCGGUUUUAUUUUGAUUUAAUCUAGUUACAUUCUCAUUUGAUUUGGUUACAUUUUGAUUUAAUCUGAUUAAAUUCUUAUUUAAUCUGAUUACACUCUAAUGUAAACUGGUUAUAUUCUGAUUCAGUCCAGUUACAUUUUGAUUAAAUCUGAUUACAUUCUGAUUUAAUCUGGUUACAUUUUUAUUUAAUCUGAUUACAUUCUGAUUUAAUCUGGUUACAUUCUGGUCACAAACAGACUUUGAUAAAGUGAGAUCAGAACAGGAUCAUGAUCUGGUUAGAAUCUGGUUUGAUCAGGAUCUAAUCAGAUUAUAAUCUUGUGUGUCAGAUCGUCUGGUGGAGUCGAGCGCUCUGAAGAAGUCUCUGGAGACGGUUUACGCCGCUUACCUGCCAAAGAACACCCACCCCUUCCUGUACCUCAGGUGAGCUCACCUGUGUGAUGUCACAGACGUUGAUCUUGUUUCAGGUAAAUUAACGGUUUUAAUCUCGACAGUUUAGAGAUCGCUCCUCAGAACAUCGACGUCAACGUUCAUCCCACCAAACACGAGGUCCACUUCCUGCACGAGGACGCCGUCAUCGAGAGCGUCCAGAAACACGUGGAAAGCAAACUGCUCGGGUCCAACGCAUCACGCACCUUUUUCACUCAGGUGAGAAAAACGUCCGUUACCGUGACGACAGUAACUUCAAGUCAGGCUAUUGGCCCUGACCUGUUUGUGUGAGGAAGGUGAUGAUGAUGAAGGUGUGUGUGUGUGUGUGUGUGUGUGCAGACGUUGUUACCUAGUCUCUCAGGUGGCGCCGAGGUGAAGACGACGACCAGCAGCUCGGAGUCUUCAGAGCGAGUUUACGCUCAUCACAUGAUCAGAACUGACUGUCGAUCCCAGAAACUCGACGCCUUCCUGCGGCCCCGAGAUCCUGAUCCUGAUCCUGAACCUAAACCUGAUCAAGAGCCUGCUCCUUGUCCAGAUCCUGAUGUUAGUCUUGGUAUUGGUCCAGAUCCUGAUCCUGGUCCUGGUUCUGGAUCUGGAUCGGCUCAGACCUGUUCUGGUUCUGAGAUGAAGGAGUGCGAUGAUGAAGAGUUGAUGGCGGCUCUGGAUGAACAGGAAGUGGAGCUGAGAGACAAAGAGGGAGAAGAAGAAGAACGAGUUCACAGGUGAUAAACCAGGCGUGUGUGUGUUUGUGUGUGUGUGUGUGUGUGCUCAUGUGAUCAGCUCUGUGAUGAUGUCAUCAAUCAUGUGAUCGGAUCUGAACUUUGAUGAGAGGCAAGAUAUUUUCUGUCACAUUUUUCUUAUAAUUCAUGUUAUUAGAGUAGACUUAUAGUGUGUGUGUGUGUGUGUAUACCUGUGUGUGUAUGUUUCGAUAGAAAGAGACAGAGGAAGGAACAGCAGGAGGAGGAGGAGGAGGAGGAGCUAACAGCUGCUGCCACGCCAAAGAAACGAGUCAUCAAACUGAACAGCAUCAAAGAUCUGAGAGACGAGAUCAAAGAGAACACACACAAAGGUAUACACACACACACACACAGGUGUACACACACACACACACACACACACACACACACACACACACACACAAAGGUAUACACACACACACACACACACACACACACACACACACACACACACACAAGUGUACACACACAAAGGUAUACACACACACACACACACACACACACAAACACAAGUGUACACACACACAAGGGUAUAUACACACACAAGUAUACACACAGGUAUACACACUCACAGAUUAACAGACAUAGAUAAACACAGAGGUAUAAACACACACACACACACACACACACACACACACACACACACACACACACACAGGUAUAGACACACACAUUUAAAGCACAUGUAAACUUAGAUCAGUAGAUCUUACAGUGGGUGUGACACAGAAAUGCAGGACAGACGUAGUUCUGAACCCGUAACCCUCUAAACCGGUUUACUGUCCCGCAGGUCUUCAGGAGAUGCUGCAGAACCACUCGUUUGUGGGCUGUGUGGACCCUCAGUGGACUCUGAUCCAGCAUCAGACUAAACUGUACCUGCUGAACACCUCCAACCUCAGGUGGGCCCUCAGGUGAACCCGUCCCCAUCAGUGACGUCUAUGAUCGUGGUUCUGACCCGUCUGUGUUUCUGUCCCAGUCAGGAGCUCUUCUAUCAGAUCCUCAUCAACGAUUUCGGGAACUUUGGCGUCCUCCGGCUGUCGGUAAGAGACGUUACAGGGUUUAUUUAAAAACAGGAAGUUCUGGUUCUGAUGUCGGGUUUGUGAUCCAGACUCCUGCUCCGCUCUACGACCUGGCCAUGCUGGCUCUGGACUCGGAGGAGAGCGGCUGGACGGAGGAGGACGGUCCUAAAGAGGGACUGGCUGAGUACAUCGUGGACUUCCUGAAGAAGAAAGCGGAGAUGUUAGAGGACUACUUCUCCUUGGAGAUCGACCAGGUGAGCAGGAAGGACCGAGAGUCUCACCUGGACGACGUCUCGUUUUAACUUCAUCUCAUAUUAAAUAAAGGAAAUUAGUUUUUAAAUGACCUUAUAUGGUCACGCAGGAAGGGAACCUGACCGGUCUGCCUCUGCUGCUCGAUAAGUUCUCACCUGUGAUGGAGGGUCUGCCGAUGUUCAUCCUGAGACUCGCCACCGAGGUAAAAACCUGCUCCUGUUGUUUUUAAAGGUCUGCUGUGAAAGGACUGUCUCUGACAUCUGUGUGUGUGUGUGUGUGUGUGUGUGCAUGUGUGUGCACGCGCAGGUGAACUGGGACGAUGAGAAGGAGUGUUUCAGAGACUUCAGUAAAGAGUGCAGCGUCUUUUACUCCAUCAGGAAACACUUCAUCCUGCAGGGGGAGCCGGUGAGAAGGUCAAACAUGCCGCUCACUCACACCUGUGUAUAAAGACGACGCUAACGUGUGCGUUUGUGUUUCCGCAGGACGCCGAGGCGACCUCGUGGCGUUGGAAAGUCGAACAUGCGAUCUUUAAAGCUCUGCGAAGUCUCCUCAGUCCUCCGCGGAGAUUCAGCGAGGACGGCAGCGUGCUGCAGAUCGCAAACUUACCCGAUCUUUACAAAGUGUUCGAGCGCUGCUGAGAGUCACCUGAACGCACGAGUCUGUAAAUGUUGUUUAUAAUUUACUGUUUGAAAUAAAAACUUCAAAUGAA